AUGGAUCUAUGGGUUGUAGCAGCAGCUGCUGGUGCUGGAUAUUUGGGAAAAUACUGGCAAAAUUCAUCACUGAGUGAAAAAGAAAGAUUAUUACUAUCAUCUUCCAAACUUUCAACCCACAGAUCAUUAGAGUCUUGGAAAUUUCUGCAGCAAAUUAGAGAGAAGACUUGCCCUUUGAAAAGAUUGGCCCGAGAAAAGGCAUAUGAAGGAGUUUUCCAAGGUCAGAAUUAUUUGUUUGAUCAGAAUGAGUUUGAUGGUGAUCCUGAUUUAGCAGCAUUUGCAAGUGCUUCUACUAGUGACCGAGUUAAGAUGGUGGAAGACUUCAGAGCUCGAUGGUUAAAAAGUUUCCAAAAGAUCAGUGCAAAGAAGAGCUCUCUACACAACACAGAGCCUUCUUCAUCUUGUGGUUUUUGCAAGAAAAAAUUACACAAAAACAGAUCCUCCAAAGCGACUGCUCUUGGAAAGGCGGAAGAAUAUAGGCGUGUUUUACUUGGAACAAUGGCCACUGAAGAAAGCCAAGUGGAAGAGAGUUUAUGGCCUAAUAUUGCUGAAGACCCCUUAAGAAGGACGUCUAGUUAUAAUGCAUUGGACCUGAGGGAAGACACUCGGAGAGUAUCUGCUAGUAAUUCAUUUGAUUCAUGGGAAGAUCUUUCAAGGAGGAGUAUCAGCUGUGAUGAAAUCUGUACAUGUUUAAGCACUUCAUCAACUAACGACGACACAGAAUAUGUCGAGGUGCUAGAGCCGGGAGCAGAAACUCAGGGAAAGGAGAUCGAUGAAGCAGUUCAAUUGCCAGGGAAAUCCAAUGAUUUGCUGCUGUUCUUGGUCGGAUUGACUAUUGGCAUGCUCCCAACUGCAGCAUCAAGCAAAAGAGAAAUGCAAAAGAUGAAUGAGAAAUUAGAAGAGGCCAUGACUCUGGUUCAAGACUUAAAAGAGGAGCUUGAUAUGAACGAAAAUUUCACUGUCAAAGAGCUCAUGUGCAAUGGUUCUGAGUCUCCCAGCUCAAAAACUCCCUCUUUAUUCAAUCAGAAACUUUCUUUGUCGAUCUCUCAACAAGAACCCCAGCAAGUAACUAGUGAUAGCAGAAAAUUGGCUGAUGAUGAAAAGUCAGAGAAUGCCCUUUUAAUGAGUAGAAUUGAGGCAGAGCUCGAAGCUGAACUGGAGAGACUGCAAAUGAGCAUGGAUCUUGAAAGAAGAUCCAACUUCGCUCAGCUUGAUGUACAAUCCGAAGGUUACAGAAUUGGAAGCAUCAAGACAAAUGCAUUUAACAGACAAUAUGACUCUGAUACAGAGUCAGAUGAAGCAAGUGACAAUAUGACUAGGCCUCCAAACUAUGCAGUUUCCCCUCGUGAACUAAGUAUCCGUUUGCAUGAGUUAAUAGAAUCCCAGCUUGAAGCGCGCAUCAAGGAGCUCGAAACAGCUCUCCAAAACAACCAACACAGGUUCCAUUCUCCUGAAUCCCAACGGGAUACUUCUAUCAGCGUCGAUGAGUAUAACAAUACAGAAUCCCCAGCAACUCCAGAAGACUGGUGA